GUAUUUCUAUGCUUCUUUGAUUCAACGCCGCCAAUCAACCUAUCAGCUUUGAAAAGGUUGUCCAAUAAGCGAGGGCAUUGCUUAACAUCGAUCGGGAUGAAGAGCGAAAAGAAGCAGUUAACUGAAAUCUAUGCAAUUUCCUGCAAACUAAAUCAUGAAAUCGAAUUAACAAAUGAACUUUUUUUAUUUUUAUGCUGACGAUUUACGAUUGUCAAUCAUCAUCACAUCCUCCGUUGUUGGAGUUCUUGUGAUCGUUAUGAUAUUUGCUUGUUUCAUCACAAGAGUAAUUAAAAGAAAAGGAAAUCAAGAAAAAAGUUCAACAACAGAGGAAAUAAUUACCUCAGAUCUUUAUUCUGAACCGAUUCCAAAAUCAGGUGAAAGUAAAAAGAAAACGAGGGAUCACAUCACUGAUGAAGACGAAUCAGCUUAUUCUGUAGCUGAUACUAACGACAAUGAGUACUCACAACCCCUCAUCAACAGAGACAAUCGAACGGGACAGGAGCAUUCUGUGAAAGAUGUUACCAUUUCAGACAGUGAAUAUGCUGAUACAGAUUUGGGUGAAUAUGAUGUUUUAAGAGGACAGCGAAAGAAACACUGCGCCAUGGUUAAAAUCGGUAGCCGCCAUGAUUAA